CCAGAAAGUCCCCGAAUGUUCGAGUGGAUAUAUAAAGCGGAAGACGUGCAUGAGAUGUUAAGUCAGUGCAUGACAAGCUUCCGAGUGACAGCUAGGGAAAAUAAAAUAUAUAUUUUUUUCGAUAUGAAUCCAUUGGUAAUCGCUUUGUGCGCCGUCCUGGCAGUGGCAGUCGCCGCCCCCGUUGAUAACCCCCCCGUUGACACCAGCCCAAUCCCCAUUCUCAAGCAAGCCUUGGACGGGCCCAGCCCCGACGGAUCUUACAACUACAGCUACGAGACCGGUAACGGUAUUCAGGCUCAGGAGGAGGGUCAUCUUAACAAUGUCGGUAGCGACAGCGAAGCCCUGGAGGCACAUGGCAGCUUCAGCUUUACUGACGCCGACGGCCAGACCUAUCAAAUCUCGUACAUAGCCAACGAGAAUGGAUUCCAGCCAGAGGGUGCUCACUUACCUACCACACCCCCAACGCCACCUCAAAUCCUAAAGGCCCUUCAGUACAUUGCUGAACAUCCCGAGGAGAAUGAAGAAGAGCAUUAAAGGAUACCGAGAAAGGCCCUAUAACGAAAGAAGGAUAGAGUCGGCGAGACAAAGGCGAAUCUCGAGAAGAUGAGACGAUCGGAAGAAGCUUGGAGCGGAACCAACCAUGGCUGUAUCAAGGAUCGACGGGUAUUCGAUACACACGUAGACCGACAAUCUCGACAGACUCGGUCCUUCGCGUUGUGAUUAUUUCUGUAUUUAUAUAUAUUAUACGAUCAUAUAAUUAAAAAUAAAUUUUUUGUACAACAUCUGUAACGAACAGAAUCCCGACGAUAUGCUGCAAAUAAAUUUCCUCGCCGUGCAA